CGGGUCAGAGUUGGGUGCAGCUCCACCAGAGAAGGAAGCGGUGUUUCCGGCUGUUUGCAGCGGAGGGAGAGGAUUGCUGACGCCGCGAAACCCCGAGAAAAACGCCGCCGGCUCGGGGGGCUAACGGGUUCUAGCAUCGGCAGUGGUUGUUUUCUUUCAUAUCGGGGGAUCUGGGGGCUGGUGAUUUUUUUUUUACGAGCCGAGGGGGUCGGACAGCAAACCGAGCACAGAAGCUGCACACGGCGGGGGUGAGCCACCAGCUACCGGCAUGGCCAGGGACUACGAUUACCUCUUCAAGCUGCUCAUCAUCGGUGACAGUGGAGUGGGGAAGAGCAGUCUCCUCCUGCGAUUUGCAGACAACACAUUUUCAGGUAGCUACAUCACAACGAUCGGCGUGGACUUUAAGAUCCGGACAGUGGAGAUCAAUGGGGAGAAGGUGAAGCUACAGAUCUGGGAUACAGCAGGGCAGGAGCGCUUCCGCACCAUCACCUCCACAUACUACAGGGGAACACAUGGAGUCAUAGUGGUAUACGAUGUCACAAGUGCCGAGUCCUUCGUCAACGUCAAACGAUGGCUACAUGAAAUUAACCAAAACUGUGAUGAUGUGUGCCGAAUAUUAGUGGGAAACAAAAACGACGACCCCAACUCCAAGGUGGUCGAGACGACUGACGCGCAGAAGUUUGCCGAGCAGAUGGGAAUCAACCUGUUUGAGACGAGUGCAAAAGAGAACAUCAAUGUUGAAGAGAUGUUUAACUGCAUCACAGAGCUAGUGCUAAGAGCCAAAAAGGAGGUGCUAGCCAAGCAGCAGCAACAGCAACAGAACGACGUGGUCAAACUCACCCGGAACAGUAAACGAAAGAAAAAGUGCUGCUAGCAACCUCCAAGCCAUCCACAAAAGGCCGGCAGCACCUUUUCUUCACACACACAUACACACAAGAUGGGACUCCGAGCAUCUAAAUUAAAGAGCAGAUAAAGAUUUAAUAAAUAUACAGUGAAAGAUAAAAAAAAAUAAAUAAAUGGAAAAAAAUGUCCCUUUUGGACAAAUUAAUCAUAAAGACUUAAAAAUGUACAGAUUUUAUUAGACGUCAGAUCAAGUUUUAUUUGGAAUUCAGCAGAUGAGCGCUAUUGACCUGAGGUCCUUUUUUCUUAAAGGAUCUGCAAGCUGACAACUGACCGCCAUAAUGCUCAGAUUUAUAUCCACAUAAUCCCCAUAUUCUUCCAUCAGUAUCUCAUCUCUCCUUCUCAUUCCACUGCACACGGGACAUUUAGAGUCGAGUCAGACUCUGCGCCUGAGGAGAAGGAGGGCUCACCUUUUUUGGAUUUAUUUGUUUCUUUCUAUUGUGUGUUUUUUUUGUUUUUGGGGGUGGGUGGGGGUUUAUGCAAUGCAGUCUGAGUCAACAUUUCAGACACCUGUGUUACCAUGGCUCUUGCCAAGAGAUCAUGAACUGCUAGAUUUUGUUUUAUUUGACUUGAUGGGGGAAAUAAAUCGCACGCAUGAUGAUGAUUGGUAGACGACCUUUAGCAACUAAUCCGAUGGACAGAACUGGUGACUUGUCAUGUUUUGUUUCACUGUGUUUAUAUUUUGCCAAGCUUCCCACCCUCUCCUGUCUAAGCCCCAGUAGUGCUGAGCCAAUGAUUGAUUUAAUGUUCUAUUUCUUUUUUUUUUUUUACUUUUUCUUUGUGUGACAGAGCAGUUCAUCCACUCCUGGGAUGUCAGGCUCUGAAAGCACCCUUUACUGCAGUCUUACUACGCUUUCAGAGUUUGCUUUUAAACCUCUUCUCCAUAUUUUUGUUUUUUAAACAAUGAUACUGCCAACAUUAUGGAAAAAAGUACGGAAGAGGUCAGUGGCACCUCUCAUUGGACUGUUGCCAUAGUGGCCCCUGGUAGGCCAAGAGGCAGGGUGAAUCGUGGUCUGAUGGGGCCCUGUUGAGUCCUCAGGAAGCGCUCAGGGCUGCCCUCCUUCCCUCUCCCCCUUCUGUAUUUCUGCAGCCCCAACGCCCACAUAUCAGCACCUCUUACAGCGACGGACUCUUCUCCUGCUUUUGGUCCAUCAGUAGGCACGAGGAGGCUCUUGGAAACUGGCUUCUCGUAGUAGUCGCGGUGACCUCCAAUCCAUAGCAGACUGUGGUUCUUGCCCUUGUUUUUGAGCCUGUAACACUUUGUUUGAAGGGGUAUAAAAAAGUUGAUGCCUGACAUGCAUUUAGACUGUCGUGGAUUUACUGCAUUUUCUCAGCUUGCAGAAUAUUCUUAUCUGAUGUCAUGUUUUUCUUUGCUUUUCUCUGUCACAACCCCUGCUACCUGCUCAACUGAAGUGUUACCGGACAGUGUUUUUGGCAUCCGUGAUGAGAGCGUGGCAGACAGUGGGACUGUUAAUAAAAGAACAAAUGGAGAUGAACUGCAGCACUGGAUCCCAGUGUUUGGGCCUAAGCUCCUCUCCCUCUCCAUGUACAGGGUUUGUCACAGUGGCUAAAGCAUCCUUCAAUGUCUAUUACUGACAUAUUUCAUUUUCUAUUUUGAAUUGGGAGAGUAAAAAUGGAGUGAGCUGUAAGUAUUGGCUAAGUUUCUGUUGGAAACAUUUAGUUUUCAUCCUCUGGGCAGACUCUGGCAGCCGGUUUGGGAUCCUGAUACACGUUGAGAGGUCACGGAGACCUCCAGGGCCUAGGAAUAGUAUAAAAUCUCUCACUUUAUGAUUUCUAUUCAUUACGUGUAUGUAUAUAUAAAUAUAUUUGUGUGUUUAUAUUCAAGAUAGAACAUACACACAUAAUUAGCACACCAAACUGUGUGCUAUGGUUGAAACACACUCGUCAGCUGUGGUUUGCUGUACACUGGAGAAAAAGAGAUGUACUAUUCAAUUUUCCCUACAUGAAUUUAAUCAGUAAUAAAAGUUUUAAAAGAAUAAAUAUUUGACACAUAA